CAUAAAUUCGGGCGCGGACGUAUCCGUAUUAGUAUGCAGCGAUUCUACUCAAGCUGUGGAUCGAACAAGCUUUGAAGCACCCGCAGAGUUCCUCUCUUGCGUCAACCUCAUCGACGAGUGUGAAGAGCAAGGUUAGGACGGAAUCACAGCGUGCAAAUCAAACAAUCAGACACAGGCCGCCAAUGGGGGGAAAGAGCAACUCUCACGCGAACCCCGGCGUCGCGCUCUGCUACACUCGACGUCUUGUUUCCUUGUCUUCUACGCAUUGACCUCGCGCAGCUCACAUUCCCGACUCAAAACCGUACCUCUUCUCGCGUUUGAUAUCUUGCAAUGAACUGCUAGUCUGCAACUCUGAACAACGCUGUAGCUGCUGCGCCACGCCGGUUCUCACCACUGCGCGAUAGCUUUGCGCGGGCAUCCAAGCCGACGCUUCUCUUUUCCCGCCUAAAUCUUCUGUAUAUCGCGGAUAAGACUUGCGCCAGUGCCUUCGACGCUCAACAUGACGGCCGUUGUCGCCAAUAAUGGCAGCCUGCAGCCCAUCGACGACCAGCCCGCCUCACAGGCCUCAUCCCCGACCUCCCCGACCCUUUCCUCCUACAGCCAGUCGCGCGCACCCACUACAAAUGGCUCUGUCUCUGGCAAUGCCAAUGGAUUCCAGGUUGGUGCCCCGGCCCUCGAGCCGCCCUUGGGUAUGACCUUCGCAGAGUUCCUUCGUGUGUGGUCCGACGCGCACGUUGCGCGCUGGCUGGCCGACAUCAAGUGUGCACACCAUGCGAGUACAUUCAGGGAACACGACAUCCGUGGGGACGUCCUGCUGGAGCUUGACCAGCUCACGCUGAAGGAGAUGGGCAUCGCGAGCGUCGGGGACAGACUUCGCAUCCUGAAUGCAGUCAAGACCCUUCGACAGCGCUGCUCAUCCGCCAAUGUGGCCCUCACGUCAAUCAUGAACUACCCCAGGGCGUCAGACCAUGCGCGUACGUCGAGCAUGAACGGUGACAUCAAUAGCGCCCGUGCGCACUCGCGUCGUCUCGAGAGCGGUCGCCCUGCACCUCUUCAUCUGGCGCCUGCAGGAGGUUCUCCGGACCUACCUCGCAUCAUUCGCGAUGGACAGGACGCAUCCCGGCACCAUAACGGUGUCCGGCCACUGCCCCAGCCUGGAAGCUCGUCCUCACAUUCUACGCCGACGACCGCACAUAGCGUCCGGCCGAACCUCCCGCCUCUGCCUCCCCCUCCCCGUGGCCAACCUCCACUUCCACCCAACCCACGUACACCUCAUACGCUCCUGCCGAGCGGGCUCUCUGGCAGGCGUACACCUGUGCAAGCAGAAGCAUCACCUUACUCUCCUCUCCCAUUCCCUACCAUCCAGUCAGGACGAAGCACACCUCCAAAUGCAAAUCCUGCGCACAACAGAAGCGGAUCCUAUCCUGCGCAGCCAAAUCCUCAUAUCAAACUGCCACCACGUCCUUCAACUGGUACUUCUUCUCAUCCCUAUGCGCAGAGUUCACAGCAGAACCUUCUCUCACCCAUCGAGGAAUCAUCCAAGUCUCAACGCAAUGUGAUGCCUCUGACCCCGUCUUUGCAACCCGCAGGUGCCUCGGUUCGGAAUAGUCCCGCUUCAAACACCCGGCCUACCACACCUUCGUCACAUACACCCUCACUCGACGACCUUAAGCGGAAGCUGGUCAAGUUCACGCUUCCGGGCGAAGGCAAGUCGGUCACAAUCAAUGUCACUGAUUGUGCUGGUGGAGUCGAGGUGUUAGUGAGAGCAUUGAAGAAGUUCAACAAACUCACGUCACGAGGCGACUCAGAAGGUGCAGAGCGUGUCGAGACGGAAGAUGGUGGCCUAAGUGUCGACGGUUGGGGUGUCUACCUGCAUGGGCAAGACGGCGCCCCGGGAUCCCCUCUUACUGAAGCCCAACUCCUCUCCAUCUGCCAUGCUCCGCCAGACGAUCCUUCACGCGAGAAUGGGCUCACACUUCGUAAGAUUGACAGGACAAGGCGUUCCCCAGAGCGUACUCCAAGCCCGGGCAGCUUCAUAAACCAAGAACGCGACCCAGAGGAGGACACGCUCUCGUCAGAGGGCGCUCUUGCCUCCGCGCAAACAAAGGCUACGAAACGUGCCAGUUCGAUCAGCGUCCUCAGCGGACUGGGUGUGCCUAUUCCCGAGAAGCUCGCUAAGCUCGAGGCGUCCGUAUCCCCGCCCAAUCUCAGUGCGGCUCAGGCGGCGAGCCAGAAGCGACCCUCAAAGCUGCGGAACUUCUUCGGCCAACGACCGCCAAGCGAGCUCAUCACGACGCAUCUGGCGGAAUACUUCCCGAACGCGGAGAAAAAGGUGCUCGAGCGGACGCGUCGGCAGAGCAUGAUGCGCGCAGGUGGGGCCCCUGGGAAGCGCGACAGCUCCGUGUCGUGGAAUUUUCCGGCGCGUUCAAGAUUUAGUGUCAGUACUAUGGGCUCGAAUCGGGGAUCGUCCAGAUUGUCCGUGGCGUCGACUUCCACAAUAUUUCCCGAGAGACCGGCAUCACCGCCACCGCCGUUGCCCUCCGCUCCUGGUGUCCUGCAGACAAGCACAAGCAGUCCGCCGCGCCUAUCAGUGUUCACUGAGGAUGGACAGUCUGUGGACCUGUCGGGACCAGAAAACGCGGACGGCACAGAUGAUACUGAGAAGGAAAAGGAACCUGAUGAAUCAUAUAAGCGGCUAUCGAGUCCGCAUAUACUUCCUCCUGUUGCUUUCCCAUCGGAGUCGCUGUCAGAGUCGCUGAACCUGGACACGGAUAAGCUCAGCUCGAAGCGCAAUUCUAGGACCUUGUCUACGUCUUCAAGACGGAUGAGUUACAUGACAGAAUUGCGGAGUAGGCGCGACCGAUCGGAUACUGCCAGCUUGAUGACGGUUGAUGAGAUCACUGCGAAUGUCGAGAGUAGGCGAGAGAGCGGUUUGAGGUCCGAUUCGAGCGAGUCGGAUGAGUGGACGAAAGUAGAUGCAGAGACUGACGCUGACAAGCAAAGUAUCCUGGAGGAAGAGUAUACUGAGGACGAGGAUGAGGAGGACGAAGACGAAGACGAAGACUACGAGGAAGACGACGAAGAGGAGGACGAGGAGACCGUUGUUGAUCACGAAGAGCCUGGAAAAACCAUCACGUCCGCAGGACGUGAGAGGACCAUCAAGUGGAUCAAGGGUGCCCUAAUUGGUGCAGGGUCGUUUGGCAAAGUCUACCUUGGAAUGGAUACCUCGACCGGUUUGUUGAUGGCAGUUAAGCAAGUCGAGUUGCCCACUGGCUCUGCGCCGAAUGAAGAACGCAAGAAGAGCAUGCUCAGUGCUCUAGAGCACGAGAUUGAGCUGCUGAGGGAGCUGCAGCACGAGAACAUUGUGCAGUAUCUAUCUUCUUGCAUCGACAACGAUCACUUGAACAUCUUCUUGGAGUACGUUCCCGGUGGGUCCGUCACCUCGCUGUUGAACAGCUACGGUGCUUUCGAGGAGCCUCUCGUGCGGAACUGGGUCCGACAGAUCCUGCUGGGCCUCAACUAUCUGCAUGAGCGAGACAUAAUUCAUCGUGAUAUAAAGGGUGCCAACAUGCUGGUCGACAACAAAGGUGGUAUCAAGAUCUCCGACUUUGGCAUUUCCAAGAAAGUCGAGGACAAUCUGCUACAUGGCCACCGGGCUCAUCGGCCAUCGCUACAGGGAUCAGUCUUCUGGAUGGCACCUGAGGUUGUCAGGCAGACGGUAUAUACUCAGAAGGCGGACAUCUGGAGCGUUGGCUGUCUGGUUGUUGAGAUGCUCACAGGCGAGCACCCUUGGGCACAACUCAACCAGAUGCAGGCUAUUUUCAAGAUUGGCUCAUCAGCAAAACCAGCCAUUCCAGCAGAUAUCUCUCCAGAGGCUGAAAACUUCCUUCAGCUCACAUUUGACCUCGACCACGAAGCGAGGCCGUCAGCGGCCGAGCUGCUCAAACAUCCUUGGAUUGCAAACCAGCCCAUGCCACUAGGUCGUUAGCUCACAGUCCGUACAAUACUCAUUCGCACUUUUGUUUAUACGCUUUAUUUUUGCACAUAUACCAGCGGGUUUCCAUCGGGACAAAUUUUCGACCGGAGAUACUACAUAAUCCCCUUACAUUCGUCGUUACAUUGUACACCGGGUAUCUUCACACCUCGUCCUCUUCCCUUUUUCUCUUUCCGGACCCGGCCUUCUUUCCGGGCCCCCAGUGCGGAGUUGGAUUGGCCUGAUAGCGGACCAGUUUCACCUUCGAGGAAGGUGUCACGGACUGCGGAUGCCGUGAGAAAUUUGCUUCCGCUUUUGGUUCCUUGCUGAGAAGAUGAUGUGUCGGUGAUGUCUCUGAGACUCUUUCCAUCCGCACCGGAUGCGUCUUGACCCAGCAACGAAACACAUCAUGGACG